GAGUCAUUUAUCGCUGUUUCUCUCUCGUCCCCUCCGCGUUCUUGUCUCCGGUUUGAAAACUUUCCCUAAAGAACACGGAUCUCAACAUCCUCCUAAAUAAAUUAACCAGUUGUAAUCAAUAACCGUUUUGUUUUGCCUGGAACUUAAAGAAGGAGUUAGUGCCAUUUUGUCUCCUGUGUCGGUGCAUGACGAAUCUCGGUGCGCAACGAACCAAACUGUACCGCAGAACGUGCCCGGUGCGUCCGCACUUGUCCUUUGUGUCCGGAACAAACUGAGAGAAAAUCCUGACGGAGGUGGACUGAACCUACAUCUACACUGACAGUCCGUUUUCUUUUCUCCUCUAGUUUACGACUUUGCGUGCGUCUCAGCUCAGAAGAUAAAACAGAAGCCCACAUCUCAUUCCUCAACAAGAAGGGACAUGGACAUACCAGCCAGCGCUGAAAGAAUGAGAUGUAGAAUGGGGAUGUAGAUGAAAAAAUCCAUUCACAUCACAAACUCUACAAAGGGCGCAGAAGGAACAAUCGAAUCAUUGUUAAAUAUUGAAGGAAGUAAUGGAAGAAGGAACAGACACAGUGAGCUGAGGAUUCGGCUGCAAGACUAAAAAGCACACGUCAGAUGUUGAACGCCUCACGUCUGAAGGAAGUCCGUCCAACACGCCCAUGAAUACAACAAAACACUGGGGUUGCUAAUCCAAGGGUGCAUGUGAUCAAAUCAGCAUUCGGCACAUGUAGAUGGAUGAUGCUGAUCCCUCACUCUGGAGGUGUGGAGUGACAGAUGACAGAGGGAUUGGUACAGCAGGAGAGAACGCAAGCAGCAACGUCGGAAAGGGUCACUGCCGCUGGUAAUGGAAAACAGCAGCAAAGGUCAGGUACAUCGAUUGGGAGGCGAGGAGAAAUCAACCUGUUUAUCAACUCUGACCUAAAAGAAGUAAAGCCACAUGCAACACCUCAGCCACAGCAGCAAGAUUUACAGCUGAUUGAUACCCAUCAAACUUAUUUGCAAGAUCUGGCGGUGGGAGCAGACAGCAGGCAGCAACCAUGGAUAUGAAUAAACCAAUCUUCAGCUCUGAAAUAAAAACUCUUAAACAAUCAGUUCCACCAAGGUGUGGAUGUGACUGAACACCACGAACCAAACAACGUUUUGGCUCAUCGUACACCUCAAGAACUUGUCGCCAAUGACUUUUUGGCAAGAAACGGGAGAUUUAAAUCUCAGGGAACAAUUUGAGGCUAUUUGCAGCUAGCAAGACUUUAUUGGAAUACAAUAUAAAUUCAAGAACACUUGUAACUAGUUCCUCCCAAUCCCUGUUAUAAGUCUCUAUCAAUGCUGAGCGCAUCUCGCUCUCCAAAUUCUUCUUCCCUCUGCUGGUGAAGAAGAUGAAUUAAAACCUCCACCCUCCAGUAGGGUAAGGGUCUUCUAUUGGGAUGGGCGGCCCAGCAAGGGCUCUUCUUGGGGGUUUCAGCACCACCACUUCUUCCGUGGAGGUUGGAGGUCGGAUGGCUUGGCCAAGCAACAGUCCCCUGGACCUGAACCAAACCCUGUCAUGGGAGAUAGGCCUUGGAGGCAGCGGUGGAGGUGCGGCAGCCAUGAGUGCAGGUCUGGAAAAUUUUACCCAAGAGUCCAUCACCAGGGCGGUGAUGAAAGAGAAAAACUGGCCGGCACUGCUCAUACUUGUCAUCAUCGCACUGACGAUUGGUGGAAACAUCCUAGUGAUCCUAGCAGUGUCACUGGAGAAGAAGCUCCAAAACGCCACCAACUUCUUCCUGAGGUCACUGGCCGUGGCGGACAUGCUUGUAGGCAUCCUGGUAAUGCCAAUCUCGCUCAUCAACAUCCUCUAUGACUACGCCUGGCCUCUCCCCAGCGCUCUGUGUCCGAUCUGGAUCUACCUGGACGUGUUGUUCUCCACCGCCUCCAUCAUGCACCUGUGUGCCAUCUCUCUGGACCGAUACGUUGCCAUCCGCAACCCCAUAGAGCACAGCCGAUUCAACUCCAGAACCAAAGCUAUGAUGAAGAUCGCCGCUGUUUGGACCAUAUCUAUAGGUGUGUCGAUGCCUAUCCCAGUUAUCGGCCUCCACAACAAGGACAAGGUCUUCGUCAACGACAGCUGUGUCCUCAACGAGGAACGCUUCGUGCUCAUUGGCUCCUUCGUGGCCUUCUUCAUCCCGCUGGUCAUCAUGGUGGUGACAUACUGCCUCACCAUACAGGUGCUCCAGAGGCAGGCCACUGUCUUCCUGUACGAGGCAAAGACUUCCUCCAAGCAGCCUUUGCACACACCAGCAAUGACAAAUACAUUGCAACUUCCUCAGAUCACACUUGCCCCUUCAGACUCACAAGAGUUAAAGCCCACGCCUCCUCAGAGCAGACGAAACACCUUGAGCUGUCUGAAAGGAGCAGAGCCCAGCAUACUGCUCAAGACGCCAGACAGCAUAAGUAUCAUUCCCAGCUCUGAGGUGGCGUCUCAGCUCAGCUCGCCAGCUGCGGGGCAAACGCGGAGCGACACAUCGGGUUGCCAUGGCCGACGGGGGAUGAUGCAGGCCAUAAAAAAUGAGAGGCGGGCCUCCAAGGUCCUGGGAAUUGUCUUUUUCCUCUUCCUCAUCAUGUGGUGUCCCUUCUUCAUCACCAAUGUCACUUUCGUCCUGUGCCGGGGCUCCUGCAAUGCGCCGCUGCUUCAUGACCUCCUCAACGUCUUUGUCUGGGUGGGCUACAUCUCCUCCGGAGUCAACCCUCUGGUUUACACCCUCUUCAAUAAGACCUACAGGAGAGCAUUCUCCAACUACAUAAGGUGCCAGUACAAUAUGGGGGCCAACGCAGCUGGACAGAGUUGCAAAACACUCCUCGUCCCCCCGCCGUGUCCGUCACACAGUGUGACCCCACUUCUGAUGGGCAGUCAUGGGAAAGCAGGCAUGGACCGCAAUAGUAACUGUCGCAACGGUGGUAGGGGCGAUAACGGUAGGCUGACGGUGGACCCAGAUGACAUGACAGAUGACGAGACACAAAUUGGAAUAGUGUCGCAGAGCCUCUCCGAAUGCCACAACAUUGGUAUGCCUUCAGAAAUGGAGCCGGAAACUGAGGUGGAGCGGGAGCUGUCACUCAUCAGCUACAGCCCCGCCUCCAGAGAACACACAAGCAGCGUGUGAUUACAUGCUUUUUGUUGUUUUAUGUCUUCUUUUCAACCUGCAGACGCUGGGCCGAGCAGCGUUUCAGUGAGCUGGUGCUGGGAGCCUACAGCAUUUUGAUUGCUGUAAGUGGGUACUGCUAUUGUGAAAGGACUAGUCUUGUUUGAGGAGCUUUAUCCCCACACUGAAGUGCACUACUUACAAUAAUGAAAAUAAUGUUAGUGAAAUCAGAUUAUGAGAGAAGGUAGCCUCUAAGAUGACUGAGUGAGUGUGGUUUUCCACCACGGUUUUGGAGUGAAAGCCAAUAUUUCAGACGUGUUUGUUUUCUAAUCGGUGUCAAAAUGUUGGUUUUCAGACCUCACAUGGAGAAUAAAAGCAUUUGUUAA